AUGAUUAACGAUGGGAGCCAAUCGGAAGACACGAUAGGAGGCAGUGACAACUCUACCGCCUCAUCACAACAUCCUCCCCCUCCUCCACCACCACUUCCUUUGGAUCUCUCUAAAUCGGAUAGCGGAGGGGUUAGACCUUAUACUACUAAUAGCACCAUCAGCGACGACAGUAUUACUAAGUGUGCCAAAGCCAGACCAACGGAAAUGACACCUCUGUCGUCAGUAGAAAACCACUUCCGGUGGGAAGCCACUCCACUCUUUCGAGGCAUUCCUACACCCACUGAAUUAGGGAAAAUCAUAGCCCAUAGAUCACUUAGUCUAGCGGAACUAACUCGUCUUGCAAAGGCCCUUUUCCCAAUGCCCGUUCAGGAAUCCCUCUUAACUCCCUCUCCACCUCUAUUCUCCACCUCUAAACGCUGUCACUCAGUUGUGAAACCUCCUCGACGAGUUUGUGAGAAGAAACAAGAUCACUCCCGGUGUGAUUCGCUUUCCAUUUCCGCCAAGAGAAAUGGGGAACGAUUCCACUGCCAAUACUGCGGGAAGAUAUUCCCUCGAUCUGCAAAUUUAACCAGACAUAUUAGAACCCAUACGGGUGAACAACCCUACAAGUGCGCUUUCUGUCCUCGGUGCUUCAGUAUCUCCUCUAAUCUCCAGCGUCAUAUUCGAAACAUCCAUCAGAAAGAGCGGCCAUUCCACUGCACCUUCUGCAUGAAAAAAUUCGGCCAACGGGCGAAUCUCGAAAGGCACAUUCGAAAUCACUAUCUCCUCGAUUCCACAUCUCGCCAUUUAUCUAUUCUAUAA